ACGCAACUUCGAUAUAAUGUUAUCUAAAGAUCAGUGUAAAUCAUUUACUUCUGAAAUGCAGUCAUAUUGUUACAACAUUGUCAUAUAUUAUUUUUGGAAGACACAUUAAACUGUGGAAUAUCAUGAACAGAACACUUAAAAAUGAAAAAGACAUGAGUAUUAGAAUCAGAUUAGUCUCUAACUCAGUCGAAUUAUAUUUCUAAUCAAUGAUGUUUAUUUAGGAUAAGCAAACAAAGCAUGAAUUUAUCACACCUAUAUUUUCCUUCUAUCUGGUAUUAGUAAUACAAGUCCAGAUACUUAUAGUCUUUCAGAGCCUGGCAUAGUUGUUUCAACUCCACACUAUCCAUUAGAUAACAUUAUUAAUUAUAAUCGGCAACAACAAAAACAACAGAAAAUCGAUGCUUCUUCACAAACUGUUCAGAAACAUUCUUCGUGCUAUAUCCUUAAAAAUGAUGAUAAUAACCAAUCAAAAUAUAAAAUUGAUUCUUACGCAACACUUGAUCAACAUUUAUUCUCAACCAAAGAUAACAUUGGCAAGAAUGUAUACAUACCGAGCAUUUCUACUAAUCACAACAGAAUUAAACUAUGUUAUGAUAAAAAUAUCCAUAAAAUGUGGCAGAAGUAUGAAAAUCAUUUGAAUAAAAACAGUGAAGUUACAUCAUCAUUCUCCUUGUCAACGUCACCAUCAUCAUUAACAUCUUCACCAUCCGCAACUUUGCCCUCAUCACCGACAUCAUCGUCAUCUUCGUCAACAACUAAUUCAUUAAAAAAUGAAUUGUUCACUGUUAGAAUGAACAGAUUAUUUAAAGAUGACUCAUCUGAUUAUGAUGAUAGUGCAGGUGAUCAACAAGAUGAAGUCCAUCGAGGAAAAACUCAAAAUAAACACUCUACCGUUGCUAUUCCUCGUUUGGUCAGUAAAAAUAAAUAUCAUAAUAAAAAGGAUUUGACAAGUGACAAUGAUAGUGUAUCUUAUCAGUCUCAACGCAAUAAAUUUGUCAGCAAAAUCAUAAAAAUAAUAUACGGGAUUUUAUUGACUACUAUGGGGUUUCUAUUAGUAUGUAUACAAUUCAAUGGAAAGAAUUCAGAAUCAAUUAUUUUAGAAGUCUUCCUCAACUUUUUAUUAACUGGACAACUUUUACAUUUUUUGAGCUUCUAUGCUACAACGUAUUUCAACGCUUGCCGUCCCUUUUAUGACUGUUGUUUGAUGAAUAAUAAACUUCAACAUUUGCAUUACUUUCCUUAUCGUCGAAGUCGUGUAACCGACCAGUUUUUCACUCAUAGACGGAAUCAUGUGAGGACUUAUCGUAAUCGAAAAAAUGAGACUGUGGACAAUGACAACAGCCAACUAGAUAUCAAACAUCAAAGUAAGAAACUGUCAUCUCCUAAGAGGCAAAUUUUAAUUUCUCGACCUGACGGUAUGCAGUAUUGUCAGCUUAUGACCAUUGAUAAUGCAAAAGACUUUAAGUCACAGUUUCGUAACAUUAAUCAAAAGAAAAGAAUAACUACAUAUUUAAAAAAUGUGAAAAAUGUUCGUACUAAUUCCAGGAUAAUUUUACAAUGUGAAUAUAUUAUUUUAGGAUUCUUUUGUGUUGGAAGCUUAAUAAGCAUUAUAUAUUAUGGAGACAGAAUAAUUAAGUCAUCUACAAGUAUCUGGUACUCUUCAAAUCAUACAAAUUCAAGAGGAUAUAAUACAAACCAUUUUAUCAAUGAGAAUGUUGAUCAUCACCAUGUAGAUGAGAAAAAAUAUCUAUUAGGAAGAAAGACCCCUAUGUUUGCAGAUAACAAUAUCUCAAAUCUACUUCCCUUAAUAACUAAUAGUUCAACAAUUCCUACAAGUAACUCAUUCAUUUUUAAUAGGAUUAAUAGUUAUGGUACUAUUUUUAAUUGUACAGUAUCUCAUAAUAAGACAAAUAUAACAAUUGAUAAUUCAUAUACAAACCAUGAUUUUCAUCAGAUCACUUAUGUAAACUGGUUAAAAUUAAUUAAUAAUGUAUUGUGGGUUCUUCUACUUGUCAUACAAAUACCAAUGAUAAUUAAACUAAAAAAAAUUUUUCCAAAAAAAUUGAGAAUAUACAAUGGAUUGCCGUUUGUACAUGUUAUAGCCGCCAAUCUAACCGGUUGGUUCCGCAUGGCAUAUGUAGGAACGGAAAAUUACCUCAGUUACUAUCAUGAAUCUAAGUUAAACAAAGCAUAUGAAAUUAAAGGUAACUUUAAUAGACUGUUAGUUUUGAAAGUUAUACAAAGUCCAUUAGCCUAUCUUCUAAAUUGCGUCGCUUGCUCACAUCUUCUGGUUGUAGUUUUGAUCUGGAUCAGUUGGGACGUUCGAAAACUAAUAAAAAAUCUUCCGAAUUCUGAAAAUAUACCUAAGAAAAUUCGUCUUGUCCAUUGGGCGAAAGAAAGCAAUUCAUCAUCUCCUAACCAUCAUAAAAAUUCAACAAUUUCUCGUAUGUCGCGAUCACCAUCAAAUUAUAAUAACAAAUUUUACUGUCGUUGUGAAAGGAAAUCUUCCGUCUGUGGAUUAUUCAGCUUUUUGUCAGUUAUCAUUUGUGGUAUACAUUUGUUUGCUUAUAGGCUGAAUGAGUUUUCACGAAUACUUCUAUGUUAUUUUAGUUAUUUUCUAAUUUUAGUAUCUACAAUCACACAAAACUUUUUAUUGGUUUAUUGUUCAACUUUUGGUAAACAUUCAAAUCGAGAUUAUAAUUAUUCUCGUAAAUUUUCAAAUGAUCUCAUUUGGUUGAAACCAAACUUACUUUACUUUCCACUUCUUUUUCAGUUAACUGGUUCGAUAUGUUUUAAUUUAAUGCAAGUUAUUGAGAUUUUAUUAAAAUUCACAAAUGUAUAUGCCAAAGAUUUUGAUGCUAACUCUUCUUUUUUAAAUACAUCCAUUACACGUGAUUCUUUGUCAACUCAUGCUAUACACCAACGUUAUAUGAAUAAUCAGUAUCGUUAUGUAUCCCAUCAAGAAUUAUUUUUGAAAUACGUCAUUCUUUUUACACUUUGCAUAGAAGUAAUAGAAAAUUGUAUUGAGAUAAUAUGCAUCCCAUUAAUCAUGGUAAAAUAUUUUUUACAUCGAAUUGCUAAACCUACAUUUUUUACUAAUUUAGUGAUUAAUUUAUUAACCAAUGAAAUUUUUUUAUUAUUAAUGAAAUUUUUUAAUCCACAAUUAUUGAGUUUGGGGGAUGACUCUAUUUUGAACUGUUCUAUUAACUAUUCAGAUAGUCAUAAUAUGACUAACAAAGGUACCACUGGUAGUAUUAAUCGUCUCCAUGAUGAUACUUAUAAAAUUUUAGUUCCAGGCACUAAUAUUGUUGUUAAUAGUCAAACUAAUUUUAUGAAUGAAAAUAAAACAAUUGAUGAAAUUUGUAAUCUAGUACAAUUUUCCAUAGUCAGAACUAAUUGGUGGUAUUGGAUAUUUAUAAAACAAUUAAGUUAUUCCAUUUGUAUUAUAUUUCGACAAUCUAUGCUGAUAUGUUGUGGAUUUUUAUAUUUAAGUUAA